AUGGUAAUCUCAUUCGACGUUCCGCAGUUUCUGACUAGGGACGAAUUCAAAAUACAGGCUCUGGGCCUAGUGCGACGUGCUGAAGUGCUGCGAGAACCAUGGACUUGGACUGAUAUUGGAAAGGGAGGCUAUCUAGUCAAAAAUGUCCUUAUACCCGACGCCAGAAAGCCAUCGGAUGAAGCGUUGGACUCACACAAUCUCACUGACGAGGAGGAAGAUCCAGCUGCUCUGAAUACACGCAGCCUCACAUCAUGCUCCAAGUGGCAAUUCCAUGUUUGCUACUCACCAUCAUGGAGGAGUCCUGUCCUCUACUUUAUCAAGGACGGCCCGAGCUACAACCCACUACACAUUAUGCUCGAUAUCGAAGAGCGAUUAAGUGGAUCUGAUGUGGGACGAUUUGCCAAAGUGUCGCAACAGGAUCAUCCCCACCUAAACAUCCCCUUCUUUUAUCUUCAUCCAUGCGGUACUAGUCAGCAUAUGGGUGAUGUUGCUCCAGUUGGAGAACAGUAUCUGCUCACUUGGUUGAGCUGUAUGUCUCAUUUGUUUCCAUUGGUCGACCUGGAGUAUUAUGUCGUAUGA